UAUUACAAUUUAUUGCGUAAACUUCUUUGUGGAAGUUCAGAGGUUAAUUUCUUUAAAUUUUCAAAUCAAAAUUUUUUUGUGGUAUAUAAAAUUAUAAAUUUCAAACGUAACAAUUUAAAACUAUGGUUGACAUGCAUCAAUAUUAUAGUCAUGCGCUUAAAAUUGUUUUGGAGGCAGGUGAACUAUUGUUAAAAGGUUUUAAAAGCCCAAAAGAAAUAUCAACUAAAAAAAAUAAUAAGGACUUUGUAACACAAUACGACAAACUCAUUGAAAAAACAAUAAUUGACAAUAUACUUAAACUAUAUCCAAAUCAUAAAUUUGUGGCAGAAGAAAGUGCUGCCAAUAAUAUUAUAACGGAGGAGCCUACAUGGAUACUUGAUCCAAUUGAUGGAACAACUAAUUUCAUACAAGGAUUUCCAUUUUGCUGUAUUUCAUUGGCAUUGGCAGUAAAAAAUGAAAUAAUAAUAGGAAUAGUUUAUAAUCCGAUAAUAAAUCAAUUAUUUACUGCUCAAAAGGGGGAAGGUGCAUAUUUGAAUAAUGAAAAAAUACAAGUGUCAAGUACUGAAGAUCUUGAGGAUGCUAUGUUUGGAAAUGAACUAUAUUUUAAAGUUAAUAUAAGGAAUUUGCGUGGAUCAAGACACUUAGGAUCAGCAGCAAUAAGUUUAUGCUAUUUGGCAAUGGGAGCAUUAGAUAUAUGUUAUUUAAAAAAAUUAAAAUGUUGGGAUGUAGCAGCAGGAAUACUGAUUAUCCAAGAAGCGAGAGGCAUUGUACUUGAUUCAACAGGAGAUGAAUACAAAGACAUAAUGAAUCCUGAUAUACUUGCUGCUUGUACAAGGAAGCUAGCCGAAAAUUUUUUGAAAUUAAAAAAUGAUAAUUUUUAAUAUAUAAUUUCAAUGAAGUAAUAAAACACAAAAUAUUUAUUAUUA